CUCCCCGCGAGGCGCCCCCAGACCCGAGGGUCCGCGCACUGCGCUCCGGGCCGGCGCCAUGGCGGUGCUGGGAGUGCAGCUGGUGGGGACGCUGCUGGCCGCUGCCCUCAUGCACCGGCUGGGCCCACACUGCUCCUUCGCCCGCUGGCUGCUCUGCAAUGGCAGCCUGUUCCGGUACAAACAGCCGUCCGAGGAGCAGCUCCGGGCCCUGGCUGGGAAGCAGAGACCCCGCGGCAGGAAGGAGCGGUGGGCCAAUGGCCUCGGCGAGGAGAAGCCGCUGUCUGUGCCCCGAGACGUCCCCCUCCAGCUGGAGACCUGCCCCCUCACGGCCGUCGACGCCCUCGCCCUGCGCUUCUUCCCAGAGUACCAGUGGUUCGUGGACUUUGCUGUGUACGCGGGUGGCGUGUACCUGCUCACCGAGGCCUGUCACGCGCUGGGCCCAGCCACGGGGGGCAGCCUGGCUGCCUGCUGGUGCCUGCUGGCCGCCGCCUGCUCUGUCAAGGUGCUCCUGACGGUGACGUGGCUCUACUUCGGCGUGGAGGGGGGCGGCGAGCGCUCUGUCUGCCUCGUCUUCGCCCUCCUCUUCCUGCUCCUGGCCCUGCUGGCGCAGGUGGUGCGGGAGGAGACGCUCGAGUGGGGCCUGGAGCCAGGCCUGGACAGCCUCACCCAGAGCUUGGAGCCACUUCUGAAGAAGCAGGGCUGGGACUGGGUGGCACCCCUGGUCAAGCUGGCCGUCCGCCUGUCCCUGGUGGCCGUGGGCUCCGUGCUGGGCGCCUGCCUCACCUUCCCGGGCCUGCGGCUGGCUCAGACGCACCGCGACGCGCUGGCCAUGGCGGAGCACCGGCCUGUGCUGCAGCUCCUGCUGCACCUCAGCUUCCUGUCACCGCUCGUCAUCCUGUGGCUCUGGACCAAGCCCGUCGCGCGUGACCUCCUGCUGUCGGACGCGGGCUUUGACGCGCUGCGCCUCUGGGUGCUGCUGGGGCUGAGCCUGCUGCGGCUGGCGGUGACGCGGCCUCACCUGCAGGCCUACCUGGGCCUGGCCCGGGCCCGCGUGGAGCAGCUGCGGCGGGAGGCCGGCCGCAUCGAGGCCCGCGAGCUCCAGCAGCAGGUGGUCCGAGUCUCCUGCUACCUGCCCGUGGUGAGCCUGCAGUACCUGGCGCCACUCGUGCUCACCCUCAACUGCACCCUGCUGCUCCAGGCACUGGGUGGCUACUCCUGGGGCCUCAGCCCGGCACCCCCACCGCCCCCCACCCCGCCCUUGGCCAGCGCUGGCCCCCUUGGCACCGAGGAGGACGAGGCCCGGCGGACGGCGGCCCGGAUCGCGGGGGCCCUGGGCGGCUUCCUGACACCCCUGUUCUGCCGUGGCGUCCUGGCCUUCCUCAUCUGGUGGACGGCCGCCUGCCAGCUGCUCGCCAGCCUCUUUGGCCUCUACUUCCACCAGCAGCUGGCAGGCACCUAGCUCCCGGGCCCCCUGUGGCCUCAGUUUCCCCACCUGCACCAGACUGGGCCUCGGCUGCGCCACCCCAGACCUCCUCGCCACCGUGCCUGAGCGGAGCCCUGUGGAGCUGGCUGCUGCCUGGAGACUGUGCUGCGG